UUAUUAUCAUGAAUGAAAGGCAUGGCAUGAGCAAUAGGUCAACCAAGCUACAUCACAUUGAGACAACUUGACAAAUGAUCCACCCAUCCGUCCAUCCGUCCAUAUCCCACACAUGUACACGCGCACACAUCACAUGCAUCACGUCCAUGUCAUACACGGCACGGCACGCAGCAAGAGUGAGUGACUAGCUGGGCUAGCUACACCUGACGUACUGACAUCCUCACCAGAUAGGUACCUGCAGUGCUGGGUGGGUGUUGUGGACACAAAACAUUCACUCAUGAGUGGCGUGCAAGCAGAGAACAAGAAGAAAGAGAGAAGACACCCGACACCAUUAUGACACACACACGCACAUGCGCGGCCACUGACGGCAUGUGCGUGGUGGGGGCGGGAUGUCGGGGAGUCUCCAUCACCUGCGAGACGGCCAUUGAAUCGUAGCCUGCGGCCGGUAAAAGGGCGCAGCGGCGAUUCAUCGGCCAUCUCCCGUAGGGACACAGAGCCCCCCACACCAUUCCCAGCCCUCGCCCAUCCCAUCAGCUGGGGCAAAACUCUCGUCACCAAUCAACCAAUCAAGACAUUUCCUUGCACCCGUGUAUGCAGCCAGCCAUGCAUCACCCCUCUGCACAACAGACAGCGCCGCCCUCUGUAUCUAUACGACGGACGGACGGAUGAGCUAGCUAGCUACAGACGUACACGCACAGACAGUCACGCCUGUCGGUUCUUCUUGCUCGCAGACCUCGUCGCCUGACACGUUCACACACACGGUCACAAAUGGAUCCUCACGCAAUGCCGCCCGUGUCGCUUACCAUUCCGCCAGAGGAAGGCCUCUCCCUCUUGACGCUACUGACCCUCUCAGACUUCACUCCAUCACCACUUGGAGCCGAGGCUGGGGCCGGCGCUGAGGGCCUCUCGGCCGCACUACCACCACCACCACCAUCUGCAGCAGCAGCAGAUGAAGGCCCAGAUGGCGCCCCACUGUGCUGACUCGCUGCCGCUGCAGGCGGGUAGAGAGGGGAGAACUUGGCCUGCAGCCUGGAUGCCUCGUCUCGGUCGACGUUCGUCCAGUCGCCCCUCCGGCUGGCGGGCUGGCUCUCAGCGCCACCACCAAACUUCUCCCCCUGAGCGGCCGACGCCACAGCCAGCAGCUCCUGCGCGCCUUCCGUCGUCCUCGGAACGAUCUGCGGCUGCUGCUGCUGGCCGGGGAUUGCCUCUGGCUUUGGCCGGGGAUUGCCACCGUCUGGGAAGACGGAGACAGACAGGGGGCGGGGGAGGGGGUGGGGAUGGGACGGCUUCUGGUGUAGUGGUGGUGGUGAUGGUGAUGCUGCCGGGGCCGCCCCAGCCGCAGCAGGCUCUUGUCUGUCGUCGCAACCGCCGACGCGGUGUCGAGCCUGUACCAUGAUGACGUGGGGGUUGGGACUGGUGCUAGUCUCGGCGGUUGGUUUGUGGUCUUGGUCGUCAAAGUCUUUGAGGCGAUCGGCUUCGUUCUCAUCGUCUUGUGCCUGCUGCUGGUCUGGCUGCUGCUGAGAUGGGGCGGCGUUGGUGUUAUUGUUGGGUUUUCUCCGCUGUGCAAUGGGCAGCAUCAGCUCGAGCAGCGACAUGCGCCACCGACCGAGGGCUGCGGGGAAGGGAGGGAACAGACAGACAGGGGAGAGAAAGAACACACGAGGCGAUGGGGUGAGGUGAACAGGCAUGCCGCGUGACAUUCAUGACUUACCGUCGGUGCAUAUCUCUGCGAAGUUCUUUUGCGGCAGGGUGAUGUCCAGGUCUCUGAGGCAGCACACACACACACACACACUCAGGAAGGAGGCCUACCUCGAGAGCGGUGUGCGUGAGUACCUACCUCAGUGCCCAUAGCUCAUAUCCCUGCGGUUCCCUCCCAUUGCCGUUCCUGCCGCCAUUCCCAUUCCCAUUGCCUCCCCCAUGAUGCAUCGCGUCACCUCCCUCGCCCUCCUCCUCACCGGCCUUGCCCCCACCACCGUUGCCAUCCACCUCACCACCUCCUCCUGCUGCUGCUGCUGCUGCUGCUGCGGCAGCACUACCACCAUCAGCCCCCGUAGGCGCCCCAUCCUGUGCCUCCAGGCCGCUCGCGGCGGCCGGUGGCUCAUCAUCCCUCUCCUCUGUCUCCAUCCCCUCCUCGUCUGCUGCACCGUCGUCCUGUCCUUGCUGCUGCUGUUGGUCUCUCUGCUCGGACGGUCCCGCCUCUUCUUCUUUUCCCUGCUGGUCGUUGAGCGUGGCGCUUGGCGGGGGAGGGGAGGGAGAGGGGAUAGGCGUGGAGGCCAUCCCCUGCGGGGGCGACUCGGAGGGUGGCGGGCCAGCCAGGCUGCUCAUGCUCGCCACAUCCUCGGUGGAAGAUAUCCGCUGGAUGUAGUUGAAGUGAAAUGUCCGCAGGAGCCCCAGCAAGCGACGGUGAUUGGCGUGCGGCUGGUGACUCGUGGUGGUGCCUGCGCCUGUGCCUGUGCCUGCUGGUGGUGGGGUGGCGGCCGUGUCUGUGGCGCUGGCUGGGCCGCUGCUGCUGUCUCCCGUCUCGCUCGCACCAACGCCACUGGACUCAGAGAGAUCCUUGCUGGCCGCAGGGGCCAGGGAGAGAGAGAGAUCCACAGACUCGACGGGCGACAUUGGCGCACGGAUGAGCAGAUUCCUGAACGAACAGACAGAUAAUACAGUGGGUCGAGGGACGGCUUCGGCACACACACGUGAGUACCCACCCGAUUCCUGAGUCAAUGGCUUUGGCGAUGGCGCCCGCCAUGAGGAAUGAGCCGAGAGCCUGCCCCUCGACGGCAGCUAUGAUGAUCUCCAUCAGCCCCCAUGUCGACGAGUGGGUGCGGGCCUCCUCCACACCUGGUGCACGCCCCUGCAGUGCACAUGACAUGCACACAACACAGACAGACACACGCGGGGUGCGUGCGCAUUCAAGAGAGAGGGAGAGUGUGUGUGUGUGUGUGUGCGCGUGUGUGUGUGUGUACCUGCACGAGGCUCCAGCACGUGUGUUGUGCCUCCGGGCUGGAGUCGACAGUGCAGAAGCCGACGAGCGUGGAGGUGCCCUGGCUGAAGUUGAGCUGUUUGGCGGUGAGGACUACGAUGGUGUUGUCACGGUUGUUCCUCCACUUGUCCAACACCUUGCGCGAGUACCACAGGGGCAGCCACGUGCUGCACCACACACGCGCGCAGAUACGAACAUGGUGCAGUCAGUCAAUGCUUUCAUUUCAUCUGUGUCUGCGUGUGUGUGUGCGUGUGUCGGAGUGACGUACGUGACAUGUGGGAGGCCGCAGAUCUGUUCGAGCAUGGAGCGGAUCUCUGACCUGUGCUGAGGAGUCACCGCCUCAGCCUGGAUGGAAACACACACACACACACACACAGGAUCGAUCACACAAACAAACGUACACACACCGCACCGCCACUCUCACUCACGUCUCUCUCCGCUUUGUGUGAGUGUAGCGCUGCGUCAGUCAACCACAUACUUACUUUGUCAAUGGAGAGGUGGGUCUGCUGCACGAGGCUGUCCCUGAAGUGCUGGAACAGCGUCGGCUGCGCCGGCCGCGGCAUCGAAUGGUACCCGCCGAUGCCGCGCUGGGACUGUGUCGACGGCCCCACACCACCACCCACACCUCCUACACCGCCCCUCGGCCGCUCCUUGCCUCCCUGGUGAUGCCCAAGGCCGCCUGUUUGCGUCUUGCCUGUGGCAUCCCCCUUGCCGCCGCCCACCUGCAGCUGCUUGCCGGCCGACCCUGCCACCGAUCCACUGCUGCUCCUGUCGUGGACGAGCAUGCUGGAGGAGCUGGACGAGUUGCCGUCGCCUGCGGACACGGCAUUGGGUGGCGGGGGGAUGACGGCCAUGGGUGGUGCUGUUGCACCGGUGGGCGGCACGGUGAGGGAUGGCGUGUGUGGUGGGGCGGGAGGAGCCAUAUGUGGUGGGCGGGGUGGCGGCCGAUGCAGCACACGGUGGCGCGGCACCUGGGCUGACGACUGGCUGGACAGAAAGCCCUGCAGACCCAAACCGACACCUAUGGAAACACACGAGAGAGGGAGCGAGGGGAAAGGCCGACACAAAUAGACAGACCUGGGCAUGUCAUGUGAGUGUGUCGGGUGAGGCAGGCAGGGAAGCAACCUUGAUGCAUCCAUUGGGUUCACCUACGUACCUGUCAUCAUGACUGACAUGCCCUCCUCCCCCUCCCGCUCGGCAGCCAUCUCCACCGGCACAGCGGCCGCCGGAACAGCCACCACCUCACCGCCAACCUGCACAAAUCAUCCAUCGGUCGAUUGUAAGUAACGAACACGGCACGGCACACACGAGCCACCCACACCACACCACACACGCCCUCCUUCCACGCCUCUGACGGCCCGUCUGUCUGUCUGUCUGUCUGUCAGUCUGUCUGCCGCCUUACGUACGUGCGGUUGUGUGUGUGGCGUGGGGUGAGGUGGCACGGCAGGCGGAGGAACCAUCGGCUGGGAAUCCAUAGGUACCGCUGCCUGCCUAUGGAUGCGCAACACACACCACCUGCAGCGCACGAGCAGCAGAAGCAAACGAUUGCAUUGCAUGCUGCAUUUCCUUACCGACAGGUGUGUGUGUGUGGUGUGACUGGCGAUGCUCGGUUGCUUGAUGUCAACGCAGGAUGGCACUCAGUGCAUAUGCUGAGUCACUCCUGACGCCUCAGCUAACGAGCACGGCCGACGAAGACGCAAGUCGAAAGCAAACCGAAAGCACAGCACAGCUUGGCUGUCACACAGAGAAAGCAUCAUGACGACGUCACUGAGGCCCUCUUCAACCACCAAACCUCGGGAUUUGCU